AAACUGAUGGACAGAGUGGAUUUUACACUGACAUUUCUGCGGGUCCCACAGGGCUUUGUUGGAUGCUGUAGAUUGAUGCAUCAAGCCUAUCUUAAGCAUUCAAAGAAUCUUUGACUUAGAGAACUCUCUCUCUCUCAUCUCUCUCCUCGUUUCUUCGACGAUCAUCGGUCUCUCCCUCUCAGUUUCUUGCGAUCUGAUCGCUCUCUCCCUCUCAGUUUCCUGCAAUCUCUCUCUCUCUCUCUCUCUCUCUCUCUCUCUCUCUCUCUCUCUCUCUCUCUCUCUCUCUCUGUGCGUGUGCGUUCUGAAACAAUGGCAGAGGCACUUGUUUCGAUGGUUAUGGAAAAAAUUCGAGAGGCACUUGUUUCAAAGGUUAUGGAGAAACUCGGAGAAGAGGUUGAUUCGGUUGGUGGUGCCCAAGCAGAACUUGAAAAGAUAUCUUCUACGUUCGAAUCCAUUCAAGCACUUCUUAAUGAUGCAGAAAUUAUCCAAUUUCACAACGAAAGCAUGCAACUUUGGUUAAAAAAGCUCAAAGACGUGGCUUACGAUGUGGAGGACUUGCUAGAUGAGAUGAUUCCUUGGCCAGAACCUGAAUCAAGGACAGACGAUGGUGACGAUCGGCAGCGCAAGGGAAAACGGAAGUGGUUUUCAUUCCUUUCAUGGACUGACGGUGACGAUACUGAUAAUGGCAGCAUCGGAGAUAAGGUUCGGACAAUUGUCAGUAAAGUUGCAUCACAACGCGAUUUUGCUCGUCAGAUAAAAGAAGUAACGGCGAAGCUGGAUCAGAUUGCAGCUGACAAAAAUAAGUUCAGUUUUCAGUUGAAUCACAGUUUCCGUGGUGGUAGUGACCUUCACAAGGCCAAUUCUCAAACGAGUUCGCUCGUAGAUGAAUCAAAGAUGCUCGGGAGAGACACAGACAAGGAUAUCAUAAUAAGCAAGUUGGUCAGCAGGAGCAAUUCUGAGGAGGGACGGAUUAGUGUCAUUUCGAUUGUAGGCGUUGGCGGGUUGGGCAAGACGACUCUUGCUCAAUUGAUCUUCAAGGAUGAAAGGGUAAGGAAACAUUUCGAUGUGUUUCUAUGGGUUUGUGUAUCUGAUGAUUUUGAUGUCGUCAGGCUUACCAAAGCAAUUAUAGAAGAUGCAGAAGGCGUUAAUACUCCGCUUACUGGGCUAAACCCAUUGCAAAGUAAGCUUCUCCAAACAUUACAAGGAAAACGGUUCUUGCUUGUCCUCGAUGAUGUAUGGAACGAUAAUAGUGAAAAGUGGGAUGAACUAUGGCUUUCCUUCCAAAGCGGUGCUCCCGGAAGUAAGAUUUUGGUCACCACUCGCAGCGAGAAGGUUGCAAAAACAUGCAUGCCGUCAGCCUACAUGCAUGAAUUGAAAGGUUUAUCCUAUGAUGAUUGCUGGUUACUGUUCAGUAGAAUAGCUUUCGAUGGGAGGAAAGUGGAAGAUUGCCGGGCGUUGGAAAAGAUCGGAAGAGAGAUAGUGAACAAGUGUAAAGGAGUGCCUCUUUCGUUAAAGGUGAUUGGAAGCGUCAUGCGUUCCAAGAGAACAGCACACGACUGGCAGGACAUCUUGGAAAGUGAAACGUGGGAGAUACGAGACAUCGCGAAAGGUAUCUUUCCGGCUUUGUUGCUGAGCUAUUAUAAUUUGCCUGUCCAUUUGAAGCAGUGUUUUGCAUAUUGCUCAGUAUUUCCGAAAGAUUAUCAGAUGAAGAAGGAUGGAUUGGUCAAGUUAUGGUUAGCUCAGGGUUUCAUCAAGCCCGAUGGAAAAAGAGAGAUGGAAGCAAUUGGAGGAGAGUACUUUGACGAUCUACUGGCGCAGUCUUUAUUUCAAAAAGUGGUGAUUGAAUCUGAAUACGAAGAAGAAGAAGAAGUCAUAUGUACAAUACAUGAUCUGCUUCACGAUCUCAUCCAAUUCAUUACAAAGAAUGAAUGUUGCAUCUUUGAGAAUGGAAAGUCGUACACCAGCUCUGUACUUACAGUCCGUCAUUCAUCAUUUAUUGCCACCAGGGAAACGUCACACAUUCCUUCCCCUCUACGUCAUGCAAAAAAAUUGCGAACACUCCUCCAAAUCGGAGGUUCAACAAUUAGUACCAUCCCUGAUAAUUUAUUCCAUUGCGCUAGGUCCCUUAGGGCAUUUGAUUUGAGUGGUACUAUUUUCACCGGCAUGAUCUUUCUUCCAAUAUCUUCUAGCAUCAAAAUUAAAGAAUUGCUAAUCUCAAUUGGGUUGCUGAAGCAUUUACGAUAUCUUGACUUGUCUCAUUCACCGAUUGUUGAGCUGCCCGAAUCAGUGAGUAGUCUCCGCAAUAUGCAGACCUUGAAGUUGAAUUUUUGUAGUCGACUCCAGAGACUGCCAAGUGGGAUGAGCGCAAUGGUCUGCUUGAGACAUCUGGAAAUUGAUGAAACACGGGCACUAAAGUACUUACCGGAAGGGUUGGGGAGAAUAAGUUCCCUUCGAACGUUGAGUAGGUUUAUCGUGGGAGGUGAUGGAGGAUGUAAGAUUGGAGAGCUGAAGCGACUUGACUCUCUCCAAGGAAAGCUAAUAAUAGACCACUUGGAGAGAGUGGGGAGCGUGGAUGAGGCUAAGGAAGCACAACUGGAGAACAAGUUACAUAUUCGCGUGUUGACUCUUCGAAUGUCGGGAAAUGGUGAGGUGGAGAGGAUGGAAAAUGUAGUUGAAGCCCUCCGGCCGUCCCAUGCAAACCUAGAAAAGCUGGAAAUUAGGGGAUACAUUGGUUCCAAGUUCCCAACCUGGAUAGGAGAUUCAUCUUUCUCAAAUUUAGUCAAGCUGAUAUUAAUGGAUUGCAAUAACUGUACACAGUUGCCUGGGCUAGGGAGACUACCUUCGCUUAAAUACCUUCGAAUAGUGGCAGGUCUUGUAAAACGGGUGGGAAGUGAGUUUUACGGGAAUAGCAGUGGUGGGGGCAUGAACGGGGUGGCAUUCCCAAAGCUGGACAAGCUCGAGUUCCAUAACAUGUAUGAAUUGGAAGAGUGGGAGUUGAGAUUAGAAGAUGGAGAUAUAAUGCCGUCUCUACACUCAUUAACAAUCUACAAAUGCCCGAAAUUGAAGGCGCUGCCGACACACCUCUCGAAAAGUCUAACGUCCCUCUGCAUCACUGAUAUGACGUGUCUCCCCUACGGAUGGAAACAAUUGGAAUCACUAGAGACUCUUACCAUCUACUAUUGCUCUAAAUUGAGGUCUCUUCCUGAUGAGUUGGGACAGCUCAAGUCGCUUAGGAGUCUCGAUAUCUACAACUGCCCCGAGUUGCGGUCAUUGCCUCAAGGGUUUCAAGGCCUUACCCAUCUCGAAAUCAAUGAAAGUCAAAUGCUGGCGGAGAGAUGUAAAGGGGAGGAUUGGAGCAACACAUCACACAUCCCAAGCAUCAGGAUUGAUUACAAAAGAAUCAAAUGAGGCGCUGAAGAUGAGAAGAUCCAUCAAGUAGACAAGGGGAGGACGUGUUGAGGAUGGUUGCAGGAGAUGUAUGAGCAAGCCAGUCAAGUGGCAAAUUGAUGUAGUUGGUGGUAUUCAGACAAUUGCAUCUUUCUAUGGAGAACAGAAGGUUAUGGAUCUUUACCAAGAGAAAUGCAAGGUCCCAAUGAAGCAUGGAGUCCGACAAGGAAUUGUAAGCGGCGUGGGCUUUGGAUUCUCCUUCUUCGUGGUCUUCUGCAACAACGCUCUCAUUUUCUAUGCCAGUGCUCAUCUUGUACAAGAUGGGAAGACAACAUUUUCCUAAGUUUUCAGGGUUUUCUUUGCUUUGAUAAUUGCAGCAUUUGGAGUCUCAUAGACCAGCACAAUAGCUCCCGAUGCAACCAUUCACUUUUAAAUGUAGGACUGCCAUGUAAAAAUAAAUAAAUAAGUCAGUAUUUUACUAGCUUAAUGGGGCCUUUUAUUUUUUAUAUGGGAAGCAUGUUUCCUGCUCAAGUUUUUAAGUUAAAAAAUUAACUUCAUAUGGACUGAUGUGUUUAUAUUGGUGAUUCCAAUCUGUAUUACUUUCUAAUGGUGUGAAUAAAGACUUCGUUAUUUUGGGCA